AUUAUUUAUUUAAGUUAUAUUUAUUUUCAGUAAUUCCCACGUUAAAAUACUGUUAAGUUCCCAGUGUUUUUUUAUUUUCAUUCUUUCCAGUAGUUUUGUGGUAUAGGGGUUAAAUACAUGUUACAGUCUUAACGGUGAAAAGACGCUUGUUCCGCGUGUGAAAUCUUCAAAUCUUCUCAGUGUCAUAACAUUCACUCAAUAGUUGGCAGGAAUAAUUAUAUGGUACUGACCUAAGCGAGCUUGUUUACGGAUUCUGUUUAAAAUACCCGCAGGAUAAGUGAGGGGUUAAUACACAAAGGUUAAAGGUUAAAGCGUUAUAGGAAAGGUAUCGGGGUGAAGAGAACUACUAAUUCUUACAUGAUAUGAGAACCAUCGCCAAAAGGAUUUAAAAAUUAAGUUUAAAGUUUUCUUGGAAUUAUUCUUGGCUUUCUUUGGAAUUGUUUUUCCAGUUAUUAGGUGUAGGUGCAACAUGCAAGGUCUUAAUCUGUGACAUCGUCACUGUCUGUGGCACAUUGAGGAUUUGUGUAGUGUGAGAUUAGAGCGUCGUCAUAAAUCUCUGCUUCCCAAUUCGGCCGUGAGGUGGUGGCGGGUGGGGCAGUUGCUAGGUGUAGUCUGAGGACGUGGUGGAUAAAACGUUUGUGCGUCUACGUCGGGUCGACCUCUAUGAACUUUUUUUCCAGGACAGGAAACUUGUAAUCGUCACAUUCACACGGCUUUUUUCUUAGACCUGAUUUUUUUUUCUUAAAGAGUUUUCUUUUUGGAUACUUUUUUAUGGUGCUCCAUGAUGAACUACUGCAUACCAGACAUGUAUGAGAUGCCUCACUCUGGGGUGGGAGGCUACCCGGUGCAGGGCGGCGGGGAACACUGCAUGUACCCAGGCGAGGGACCCGGCAUGUACAGACACUGUGAACCCCAGCCGCUGCACCAUCCGCCCUGCAUGGAGCAGGCUUGGCCGCCCAGCCAGCACUACUCUUGCUCGUACGCCGGCGGCCCUCCUGUUUUUAGGAGCGAGUUUUGCGGCAUGGACAUCCCUCUUAGUCAUUACCACCAUCAGCCUGAAUAUUUCCCUGAGAUCAAACCUGACUUCUCACACCUGCAGUGGAUGCAGGAUGUCCACAGGAAAGGGUACAUUCCAAGUUACCUGGACAAGGAUGAGCUAUGUGUAGUGUGCGGGGACAAAGCCACGGGCUAUCACUAUCGCUGCAUUACCUGUGAAGGUUGCAAGGGUUUCUUCAGGCGAACGAUCCAGAAGAAUCUCAACCCAACCUACGCUUGUAAGUACGAAGCGAAAUGUGUCAUCGACAAAGUGACCAGAAACCAGUGCCAGGAAUGUCGCUUCAAGAAGUGCAUUGCGGUGGGAAUGGCAACCGACUUGGUGUUGGACGACAGCAAGAGACUAGCCAAGCGGAAGCUGAUCGAGGAGAACCGGGAGCGCCGUCGGAAGGAGGAGCUGCAAAAGACAGUGUGGGACCGACAGGAGCCCACCCAGGAGGAGUGGGACCUCAUCCGUAUGGUGACUGACGCCCAUAUGGCCACGAACGCGCAGGGCAACCACUGGAAGCAGAAGCGGAAAUUCCUGGUCGAGGAAGCAAUGCUUCUUAAUGAAAUAACAUGUAAUUUAUUCUAUACUUCUGACCAGAGUGCAGCGGGGGUGAAGGAAACUAAGCCUGAGGAAAUUGGUCAAGCGUCCAUGGUCAAUACACCUGAAGGAAACAAAGUGGAUAUAGAAGCCUUCAGUCAGUUUACAAAAAUUAUCACCCCUGCCAUAACCCGAGUGGUGGACUUUGCCAAAAAACUGCCUAUGUUUUGUGAGCUGCCUUGUGAAGACCAGAUCAUCCUGUUGAAAGGCUGCUGCAUGGAGAUCAUGUCGCUGCGAGCUGCCGUGCGCUAUGAUCCAGAGAGCGAGACCCUCACGCUCAACGGCGAGAUGGCGGUCACGCGGGGUCAGCUUAAGAACGGGGGCUUGGGCGUAGUCUCGGAUGCCAUCUUCGACCUUGGCGUGUCGCUGUCCUCCUUUAACUUGGAUGACUCCGAGGUGGCUCUUCUACAAGCGGUCAUCCUGCUUUCAUCCGAUCGGCCGGGCCUGAGUAGCGUGGAGCGAAUUGAACGCUGCCAAGAGGAGUUCCUGUUGGCCUUUGAACAUUACAUCAACUACCGCAAACACAAAUUGGCGCAUUUCUGGCCCAAGCUGCUAAUGAAGGUGACGGAUCUGCGGAUGAUCGGCGCCUGCCACGCCAGCCGAUUCCUUCACAUGAAGGUGGAGUGUCCCACCGAGUUAUUCCCUCCGCUCUUCCUGGAGGUCUUCGAGGACUGACCAAUGGAUUUUAGUGUAUGUGUGUGUGUGUUUGCGUGUGUGUUUGCGUGCAUGUAUGUGUGUGUGUAUGUAUGUGUGUGUGUGCAUACGUCAGCGCCUGGGCACCCUGGUGGUCUCUGGGGUGGAACCAGCAGAAGGCCCGUCACAAAUGAACUUUCUAUUAGCACUACUGAGUGUCACUUCAUUCCAUAGUUUAGGAGUCGCUCUCUGCUCUAGUUUUGGAUGGAACCAUUCCUUACAGUGCGGGUACAUGUGAAUAGCAUUUUGUUUUUAUUUUGGUUUGUUUUGUUGUUGUUAUUGUGGAUAUAACCUCUCACCUCGGAUUUUACCAUAAGUUUUUUUUUUUGUUUCGAUGAUUGUACAGUUGGCAUAAUGGUGGUUUUAUCAACAUGCGUUCAUUCAUUAGCAACCAUGCAAAAUGUUUUCCUUCAUUUAAGUUGAAAAACUCAAAAAUGGCUGCUCACCUGAAAAAAAUACAUUGUUAGCGAUCCGUUAGCCUUUUUCUCCCACCUGCUCGACUUUAUUGGACCCAGUUGUCGGUAUAUUAACUGUCAUAUAGUCCGUCUGGUGAGUGCCUCACCUUCAUACUGUGACCUGACCCAUUAACACAAGCAACACUCACUCUAAUGGACAACAGCUCACAGGCCUUUUUUUAAGUCUCUGGGUAGCCACACAACAUAAACGUUAAGUCAUAAUGCGGCGUUCCAGAGAUGUCGGAAAAAUCUGAAUUUUGCAACGGAACAGCAACUCGAGGCAGAACUCCGACAACCUGGGCAAGAUCUUGCAACUUAACUUUUCUGAUACAACAUUAUUUGAGCAUAUGCCGUUAACACUACACAACAAUACUGUUUGUAAUACUCAAAACACACAGUAGAUUAUGAGCAUACUUCUGCCCAAUACCUGCCUUUUGCUAUAGGUAGCUAAACAUUGAAUUUUUAAUUGUGAGUGCAAGCAAAUAUUGCUAAAUAUCAUGGACAACUUUAGCUGUUGCACUAUGACAACAUAUUAGGGCCAUUGCAAAAGAAAAAAAGUAUUUAAGAAAUGAAAGGGGAUGAUGUUUUGAAAAUCAAAUUUCUUAGAUUUAUUUUGGAAAUGUAUGAGUUGUAAAUUGCUUUGGAUGAAAAUAUCUGCCAAAUGAAUGCAAAGAAUGUUUAUCUGACACUUAAGGUCAGAGAUAUGCAAGAAAGAUAGCUUUGCCUUUGACACAUUGUAUGUUUUAGUUUGUUGAAAACGUCAAACCAAACUCCAUUCAAAAAUCGGGUAAUUUAAGCGCAACUUAAUUUCCAUAGUAUAUGUUAAAGUUCUGAAAUGACAACAGUUAACAUGUGUUCCACCAGAGCAACUCUGCAUUCAAAAUCUACUCAGAGAUGUGUCGCACUGUUUACUGAAGAAAAUACAGGAAGCAUAGGAAAUAUCAGGCAAACUAUUAUUAACGAUGCGGAAUUUAUGAGUGGGUGCUAAUGGAAUAAGACCUAUUCUAGGAACUCUUUAUGUUUGCCCUUUAACCGGCAAACAUAAACAGAGAGACUCCAUGUCUGUGACACACAUAUUUGACGUACUUUUUACCAAAACUUUUUGGUUUACAGAGCUCCGACCCAAGCUCUAAUGAAGCAGAUAGUUGCAUGUUACAAAUGCAGAGCUGCAACAUCAAGUCGAUUAGUUGACCAACAGAAAAAUAAUUACGAUUUUCAAGCAAAAACUCCCUAGAUCCAGCUUCUCAUUUCUUAGGAUUUAUUAUUUAUUCUUUGAAGAAUAAACCACGAUAUGCAUACAAUCUGAGUUAAAAAGUUCCAUAAACAUCUAACUUCAUAGCACUACUUUUUAUGCAAUCUGAGCCACCGUCUGCCACAAAUCUUUGCAUGUGAACUAUUAAUUAAAAAUAGCGUUUUUGAGAAUCGAUACAGUAGCAUAAAAAACCAUAUCGCGAUACUCAAGUGUAUCAAUAUUUUUUUCCACUCAUAGUUUUAACAAACGAUCAUGGAAACACUCUAAGGUUGUAAAGUCCAACCAUAGACUGCAUAUAAAGAUGGACGACUAGACAGCUCCCCAAAAGUGAAGCCAAAACAUCUGGAUUGCCCCCCUGGUGGCUGGCUGCAGUAUAGCUCAUAAGUCCCGCCUCCUCCAUGUUAGCAGAUGGGACAUGGGCCAAGAUAAAAAGUCAAAGUACACGUCAAAUAAUAUUUUCCUGUCAUUUGAGGUAAUUCUUAUCACGCUGAUGUAUGUUCAAAUGUUCAUUCAAAUAAUAAGUUUGGUUUUAAUUUUGAUGCUAUAAAAAGGGGGUGAGACGUCCAGAUUGACGGUUCUGAGUCUCUCUCACUGACGAGCUGCAGCCGCGAGUGACCUCGAUACCGUGGCUCCACCGCCCGAUCGCUACUGCGCAGGUUCUCGCUGCAAGUGACGUCAAAACCUCAAGACGGCAGCUCCCGUAUCGGGAUAUUUUGGCUUCACUUCUGUACAGUGGGAGGAAGUGGAGACGCUGUCGUCGUCCAUCUUUAUAUAUCAUUCCUGAUACCUACCCGCCUGGCGAUUCAGACUUCCGACAUUGAAUGGAACGCAGCAUUCAAAAAAAUGUUCGUCAUUGCCAGAGACAUGUCAGGACUAACUAAAGCACAUAAUGACAAUGAUGUCAGGAAAAGACAAUCACAUAGUACUUGUUUUUUUGUGUAUUAAUGCCACAUGCUGUGCCAAAAUCAAUUGAAUGAUGCCCUCUUUAUUGAAUCCCUGCUGGGCUAUGCUAGUUAGUGCAUGCCGCUCACAUGGAGUCGUCCCUCGGACUCGUGUUUAUAGUCCACGUUAGCAGCUUCUAUACAGCCAGUAUCAGUUUUAUGUGUUUCAUCUCGGACACGUUGCCUCACUCGUCCCACAUACAGUGAUUUCGCCUCCCUGAAAACAAGGGAGAGUAUGUUAAAACAGUGACGUCAUGGUGCUAUGGUGGGUUGGCGGAAAUGGCUGAUUGAACUGUAUUGUUAUUUACAGAAAUGAUUUGUUUGUGUAACAGCCCACCACCCUCUUAUGAUGGCAUGCAUAUACUGUACACCAACACACAAACAUGCACAGGUAUACCUUUACACAUACUGUCCACAUGCACAUGUAUAUGCAUGUGCCUGGAGAACAUAUGGGUCAGACGCCAUCACUGUGACCAACCAGUGAGCAUUGGCUGGCCCAAGAACAGUAUGAUUCAUCAUCAGCGAGGUACACUGAGAACGCUGGUGAGAUUGUGAAAACGUAGCGCUCUUUUCCUUUCUUUUCUUUUAGCCGGAUUUUUUUUUUUUGUUGUCGUUGCUCUAAAAAGCCUCUCUAUGGUAUUCGUCGUUUUGCAAUGUGACAAACAUUUGCUCUGUAUAUCUCGCUUCUUUCUCGAGCUUCACACUACUCCUCAAAGCAGCUUGUGUUUUAUUUUUUUUUCCCCUCUUUUCUGUGAAGUGAUGCCUUUUUAUCAAAGCAAUAGACUUGCUGCAGUGUUUGAAUGACCCGGACCUCACACACACACCUCACAAACUGUACAGACUCAAAAUAAAUGCACAGACAAUCAGAGGGAGAGAAAUGGCCUGGGGGGUGGGGAGGAGGCACCCAGGCUCAGACGGGCCCGGUUGACAUGUUGUAGGGCCGGGCCGUGCUGAGCCAGAGCCAUUUGGAAAAGUAACAUUGGCCACGUUUACAUGCACCCCUGUCGUUCAUAGUCCUGUUGAGGUCGUCUUCAUGUUAGUUUUUUUUGCAGGAGCCUCUGAUAUCCUGUGACUGAGCCUGCCUGGUGCCAUUAAUAAACCAGUUAAUAGAGUAGAAAUAAAUACAGCAAAGAUCAAAAUAAGUCUGUUAGUUUCUAAUCACUUUUAUUUCUGCUCGAUAGACAAAUUGAACCUAAAUAACGGGCAGUGACGAGAUGAACAAAAGUGGAAAACGUGAAAUAAAUCUGGUCAGUUAUCACAACCAGGGCUGGUUGCACAAACAUGCAAAUGUUAGACUGAUCUAUAGAGUUAGGUCAGUCUUAAUUCUGCUCUUAGGCUCGUCUAAUGACCCUUUCCAACCGUCAAACACCGCCGAUUGGGGAGCGCCCCUCGGCAUCGGAUACCGACGCACAGAGGCACCCUUUAACGACAGUAUGUGACAAACCGGGCUUUCAACUUACUCCAAUGUAAACCAACCUGUGGCGUUAUUCGACGGUCGGAACAAGUGACGUAGUAUUGAUAGCGUGAAAGUCCGUUCAGGGCGGACGGGAGGGGUGGUGGAUGGGUAAAACAAACACUAGACUUUCAACCAGGAGACCGGUGAUUGUGUCCCGUGUGAAACUAAAAGUAACGUUGACUUAUUUUGUCACGAGUCGUCAGUCACGUGAGUCACGAGAGUCGUUAGUAUUGUGACUCGUCGGUAUCGGGACUCAUUGGUAUCAUCAGUCCCGUAAGUCACGAGAGUCGUUAGUAUUGUGAGUUACGUGAGUCGUUAGUCACAUGAGUCGUUAGUAUCGUCAGUCACGUGAGUCGUUAGUAUCAUGAUUCUUUGGUAUCGUCAGUCCUGUGAGUCAUUAGUGUUGUGACUCGACGGUAUCAUCAGUCACGUGAGCCGUUAACGUCACCAUGACCAUUUCUUAACCCUAACUAUGUGGUUGUGUUGCCUAAACCUAAACUUCCCGUGAAAAAGUUUAUUUUGAAAGGACACUAUGCAUGUAUAACGAGCGUAUACUGACACGUCGUCCCUGGUCCGUCCAUAAGUAACGUAAGAGAGGUACCCCGUGCGUCGGUCUCCGAUGCCAAGGAGCACUGACCAAGUGGCGGUAUUUGCCGAGUCGGGAGUGAGAAUGUGUUUCCCUUUUCAACCAAAUACUCCCAGGAACUAAACUCAGGAACUAAAUGAGGACCUAAAAGUCCUUCUAUUGCAUCUGAAGAACCGUGAGGAUCAGACUAACGAGCAUUAAAAAAGUGACAACUUUGUUAGAGACUUAAUUUCUUAAUGCGAUGAGAUGACAACACCGAUGUCUGGUUGUCUUUUGUAAUGCACUGCUACAUGACUGUUUGAUGUCCUACUUUAGUACAGAAAUGCAUUGAAACAAAAUCCUCUUGUUAACUUGCUCUCUCUUACCUCUUUUUAUAGACUUUUAGACUAUAGUCUCAGGAAUUCGGCUGCACGACUUUAUUUAAACGUCAACAUUUUAAAGAAAUCCUCACGCUAAGCCCCAUGCUAUGCUAGCAACAACUAUUGCUUGCUUGCUUUCAGUGUGAAUGAAAGCUGUACGCGUGCUAUAGUAGUUUGGAGGCUUUAACUCCACCCUGAUAGCUGCUGGACCUUCAAUAGGUACUGUAGCUACUACCUCAGGAGCAAGAGACAAACUACGGCCCAGGAACCAAAACUGGAACCAUGUUCCACUGGUCGUAAUGCAAGUUAAGUUCCUGAGUUUCUGUAAAUAUUUCCUGCACAGGUGAAGGGCCACAAUGAGAGUUAAGACACUUGCAUUUCAUAGCUGCAUUAAAGGAACAGUGUGUAGCAUUUAGGGAGAUCUAUCGGCAGAAAUGGAAUAUAAUAUUUUGUUUUAGUGUAUAAUCACCUGAAAAUAAGAAUCGUUGUGUUUUUGUUACCUUAGAAUGAGCCGUUUAUAUCUACAUAGCGGGUCCUCUCCAUGUUUCUACAGUAACCCAGAACGGACAAACCAAACACUGGCUCUAGCGCGGGCCAUUCCCGUUUUCGCGUUGGUUCUCCUUCACGCUUGGCACACAGAUUUUUAGUUGGUUUCAAUCUGCACCGCUAGAUGCCGCCAGAUCCUACACAGUGCACCUUUACUUAUGGUUAGCAAACGUUUGUACAUCUGCACAUCCAUCACAAACAGAACAUCAUUACGCCGGAGUUAUACCUUCCGCGUGUCCGCGUGAUGUCAAUUUUGUCAUCAGAGGAUGUACACGUAGGCUCUGUGCGGACGGCCGCAUACCAACUUUUAUUUAAAUAUAAAAUCUGCCUGUGCAGCCAGCCCCAGGUUUCCUAUAGUCAAAGUAUGAACUUUCAAAGUUAAUGGUCUUUCAGGUGACUCACAAGUCCUACUUCAAAAAUUCUUGACAGAGAUGAGAUUCUAGUUUUCUAGCCCAGAUUAUCGGGUGAGUUCAUAACCUGGCUAAUAAUGCCUUAAUGCACACUAACGAACUCACCACAUCUUGUGCAAACGAAAACCAAAAAAGUUUCGAAGAUAAACUUACAAAAAUCCAACUUCCAGUUCAAACGGGGUAAUAAGCCAUUACAUUACAGCAGUGUUCUUUAGUCGUGACAUUUCAGCUUUCUAUUGUAAAGGCCAUGUUAGUCAUUUGAUAAGUUUCAUUUGAUAUUUUAAAGGAAUGAACUGUUAGCUCAACCAGGUUGGGCGACCAAAACCUUACCUCACCAUUAACCAAACUUCUCUACAGUAACCUCAAAGCUGCAUUUAUCAGUUUUAGUUGGCCGUUUGGUGGCAGUGCUUCAUAACUCGCGAAAAUCAGACUCAUUUGACAAAUUAUGGCUUUAUAAAAGCCUAUUUACACACAUGCAGAUGUGCAGCUAGCAUUAAUUUUGUGUUUCUGGUGACCUGAUGAAUGUAAAUCUAAUAUUCACUCUCCCUCAAUCUCUAAUCUGAGAAAAAUAUCUGGCUCUUGAGCUGUAAGUGCUUCAGUUUGUUCACCAGCUAGCUGCUAACUCUGUCUGUCUGCCCUCUGGUGGAGGGGAGGUAGUGUACCAACCCGGCCUCACGGAAAGGCGUAUAAAUACCACGACAUUACACGGACAUUCUGCGUGUCAUGACUCUAUCACGUAUCAUUUGAAGGCCGCUUUUCGCCACACAAACGUCCGCAGUUAGGUGUAGGCAAGAGAACCACUUAGUUAGGGUAAGGAAAAAUGCCAUCUUUGGCCUUAAAAUAAGUAAGAAAACAAAGUAAAACGUGUACAGAAACAACUAUGGAAAACACGCCACCAACGUCAAUAAAAACACGUGACAAACGUCACUAAUGUAACUUACAAAACAAAAGUCAAACGGCUUACAAAUGACACGCAGAAAUCAAGAAAGGCGUACUUAUUGCACGCUAAACGGCUUGUGCAUUAUCGUGGCAUUUAUACGCCUUUUCCUGCGAAUGGACUGAGUGUACAGUAGAUUUACCUGAGAUUUUUCCUGAAAACCGCUGCCUGGUAAAAGAGUAGAUGAGAGCAUUAAGACAGAAUCAAAACGGUAACGUUGUGGGCCAUAAAAGCAAAAUAAUGAGCUGAAAGAUGCUAAAAUGCUCCGUAGCGCCGAAGAGCUUGUGAUGAUUCAUGAUGUGGGGUUGUCACUGCAAGCGACCACUUCACAUUACAGGUAGUCAUUUGACUCACUAUUCAUAUAAAAUAAAUAAUUAGUGCAGCUUUAAACCCCAAUAAACUGAACUAAAACUGCAAAAACAUCAAAAUACAAAUCAAGAGUAAGCAUUACAGAGCUUAACCUCUUUAGUUUACGACACAAAUGUUUGUGUUUUUGUUGUUUAUGUACAAACUGGAGUUAAUGGCCGUAUGUUGGAUUAUUACACGUCACACACAUAACCACAAUUACUUGAAUUGCCAUAUGCACAGAGCUGUCGGUGCAUGUAAACGUAGUCAAUGCUGCCUGCUGGUUCAGAUGAUGUUUACUGUUCCUGAAGAGGUGCCAGUGCGCUGUUAUCUCUCCCACAAGGUUGUUACUCUUAUGGUUACUCAGUUAAAAAACCAAUAACAAGAGUUGCACCAUAGAAAAGCUAUUUUACAGUACAAAGGAAAAAGGAUGUAUAUUUUCAGACUGCAGAUUUUUUUUACGGAUGUUGUUAGCAUAAUAUGAACAUGAUAUUGUUUUGCAUAGCGUUGGAAAAAAAAUACAGUAUCUUGCUCUCAAACCCAUUUCUCUGCAAAAGAACUAUGAGCAAGACGUUAAAGAAAAAAACAUUUCAAUUAGUGCAGCAUUAGUUCUACUAUUUAAAAAAAAUGACUGUAGCUGGACUUCACUGUCAGUACAAAGCAGCACAGCUGAACACAUUUAAGGUCAACUCUUUGGUCAAAGUGUAACCAGCAUCAAAGAAAAAAAGUCAUCCACCGUCAACACAGAUUUCUCUCUUUGUGUGUUUGAGUGUCUUCUUGUUCAACUCCUCUGUUCAACACGUACUGGAAAACCGUCACGGAGAGAAAGGGAGUGAGAUAGUGUGUGUAGGAGUGAAUCUGUGGCAGCGAAACAGAAGAUGAGGAAAUUAUUCUGUUCCAAUAUUUGCUGUCUUGCACUCGGUAUUUACUGGACACGUCGUCCGGUAAUCCACUGUCCAGCUCUGGGCAGUGCUUUGACAUGAGCGUGGAGGAUGACUAUGAUUGCAGCUAAUGUGAAUUGGCUCUUGAGAAUAAAGAUGGUUUUGAGAGAA